AGCGCUGCUUCCGCCGGAAGUCCAGUGAGCGGAGAGAAGCACUUCCUGGACAGUGUUUGUGUGUUGUCCAGUCUGUUUUUGUCUCUUUAUCAUGAUUUCUUGCGGUGUUGGAGUCUGCUGUCCGCGCUGACUGCUGUCUGCUCUGGGAUGGAGUCUCCGGCGGUGGAUGAUGACAUCUGUAUCCUGAAGCAUGAGACGGCGUAUGGGCCGCCCGAGAGCCCCGUGUCCGUGUGUCCCGGGGACGAGUCGGUGGCGUCUCACUUCGCUCUGGUCACUGCCUACGAGGACAUCAAGAAGAGACUCCGAGACACGGAGAAGGAGAACGGCCUGCUGCGCCGCAGAGUCAAGCAGCUGGAGGACAAGCAUUUCCAUCCAGAAGCUCCUCCGUCUGAAGGACCGCAGUACAUGAACAAAGCCUUCAGUGCGUACCGCGGCAUCUACAUCGAGAAGGAGGACCUGCAGAUGGAGCUCAAUAAAGUGAAAAAGGAGAAGCUGGAUUUAGAGAGGCUUCUGACGGAGCAGCUGCAGGCCAAAGAGAUGGAGCUUCUGCAGCUCAGAUCAGAGAUGGACACCAGCCAAGUGAUGAAGAGUCUGACAGAUACGGGAGAUUACUGGCAGGUGGACAGAUGCAGCAGUGACAUAAAGAUCCACUCUCUGCAGGAGCAGCUGGAGCGCUUACAGUUAGAGAACGACGCGCUGCACAAGCUCUGCAGGGCCGGACAGGAUGUUUGUAAAAACUGUGUAGUUGAUGAUGAUCCGUCUCAUGAAGCUUUGACAGACGCCAGGGCGAUGGUCCGGUCGUAUCAGGACGUCCUCGGUGAAGUGUCCAGUCUGCAGUCAGUCGUUCGCUCUCAGUCGGAGCUGCUGAAGAAGAUGAGAGAGAGACCAGCGCCCGUCUUCAGACGAGCUGCUUCAACUGUUCCAGUGCAGUGCCUGGACGACAUCCCUCGCCCCCCCAGCGCUCCCCCACUGCCCUCGACCCCAGAUGACCCCCAGGACCCCUGGCCCCUCCCUCGUCCGGCUCCGCUGGGCAGCCCCGGCGUGCGGCUCAAUCCCCCCCUGCGCAUGAGCUCGCUGGACGACAGCUCCUGGUCCUUCCCCAGCCCUCCUCGACCCAGCGAUGCUGUGUUCUGGGACCAAACCAAGCCCAAGAGCCCCGCGGGAGACUGGGGCCAACCGUACUGAGUCUCGGCCCCCGGCCCCUGGCCCCGGCCCUCCACACCUUACCUGCCUUAACACACACAUCCCUCUCUGGAUGAUCCCGGGUGAGCACAUACCUCUUGAGCGGAUGCGUUCAUGAUGACUAGGGUUGGGAAUCGUUCGAGUCUUAUCAAUGCCGAUUCUUUUAGAUUCCCAAUUUAAACAUAUUUGAGACCCUUGAGCACAAAACCAGUCAUAAGGGGUCAAUUGAUUUAAACUUGAGAUGCAUACAUCAUCUGAAAGCUGAACAUCUCAUGCAAUUCAUGUAUGGAAUGAUUCAAUGACUCCCUUUCAAUGCUUUUGAAUGAAUCUCUUGAAUGAAUGAUUCAAAGACAAAUUCAUUUUAAAGAUGCACGCACAAGAAUUGAUUGGCAAAUGGAAUUUAUUGGAAUUGAUUUUCGGUUCCCAACCCCGUGUCCAACAGGCUGAUGCUCCUCUCCUGGGUCGAGUUGAUUCUAUUAAGUGAAACGGAUCCUGUCUUGUAUUUAUGAAUGUGUAAAGGGAAGGAUUUAGUAGCUCAAGCACUCCUUGAAGGUUGUUUCUUUAGAAACACGUCUGUCGUGUGUUAAUGCCCGUAACAUACUGCUGUUCGAAUCAGAGAAAACAACGUUUAAGUGUUUAGAUUUAGUCAAUUAACGAGUGGAUCUGUGGGCGGCGGGUGGCUUUGUGCAAGUUAUUUAGCUUUAAACAGGGUCUCACGGUCAACCUGGAAGUUUCUAUAUAUUAAAAAAAAAAAACUAUUUCUGUAGUAAAUUAUUUGCUCUUUUAGGGGCCAAGCCCUUGUUGUAUCUGUUAGUUUUUGUAUUUUCCUGCCGCUCUUGAGUCUAUGGAUCCCCAUAGAACCGUCAGCAAGUUGUGAAAUUUGGCACACAGAUAGAGGACAGUCUCAAUAUUAAUCACACCAAAUUUGGAGUCUCUAACUCAAACUCUCUAGCGCCACCAACAGCUCAAAGUUGACCUCACACUUAUACUAAGAAUUUUUGAGCUGUAAGGUCUAGAAGCAAAAUUUUUUCAGAAUUUCUCUGACUUAAAAUUCCUCUGAUUCCUUGGCUUAUGCCAAAUUUGAUUGCGUCCCAUAACAUCAUUUUCUGUCAUGAAAAUGUUCCCGCUACUUUUUACUUCUUUUACUUCAUUGAUUUGAUUUUCACGAAGUUUUAACCAGGUCGUCUUCAGACCAUGCCAACAAAAAGUAAUGGAAGUCCACUUUAUUAGACUAACUGUUCUUGAAUAACACCCAAACAAAUUAAACGAAGAGCACGCCAAAAUGAACAUGAGGCUAUAUCCUCACAAUGCUUAAGCGUGUUAAACCCAAACUUGGUGUGUGUUAUAAUAACCAUGAUCUGAGGUUAUUAAAAACCUUCACAGUUUGUAGACAGGAGUUUUGAAAAUGAAUAUUUUUGGUUAUAACUUUUGAACGAUUUGGCCAAAAAUCACAAGACUUGUCAUUUUACUUUUGUGAUGACAUACCAAGCAGAACGAUACCUAAUAUUCCCAUGUCAGCUAUUUCAUCGUAAAGUGCAUUUUUUCCUUCUUUUGUAUUGUUGUUGUAGUUGUUACAAAUGCAAAUCUCAAAACUCAGUUUGUGUCAUCAGCACCAUGCCCUGAAGGCACUCAAAAAGCUUUAAGCAAUUAUAAUGACAUUUAAAAAAAUUAAUGCAUCAACUUUUGAAUAUUUUUCCUACUGGUCUUUACGGAUUUCUUAGAUUAUGCUCAGAACAUCGAUACAAAUUAUACCCUAAUUAGCCAAACUCCCCAUCCGCCGUUUUUAGUUCCUCUGAAAACUUUUUUUUUUUCAUACUCCUCCUAGACGAUUGGUCCGAUUCUCAUGCUCGGCUCCUUUAAUAGCUGCUUUCAGCUAUUUCUAGAAAUUCUUAAAGAAUCAGAAACUAAAGCUGUGGCAACCCUGUUUAAAGUCAACAUCAAACAAGCUGUUAUCUUAUGAGUAUUUAUUAAGAAAAUUAGAUUUUAUCCAUCAGAAAUCCAACAGAUCUGAUUGUGAAAGGGUUUCUUAUAAAUUGUAAAUGUUGGUGAAUUAUUACAAAAAUGUUUUUUCUUCUUUAUAAUCAUGUGCACUGAUGCAUCAUUUAAAUUAUUAUUUUUUGCUUUCAAAGAUGUUUGUUAAAAAGAAAAAAGAAAAAAAAAAUAUAUAUAUAUAUGGCCAGAGUCUGAGUCAAGCUGCCUUAGGCAUUAACAAUGUACAGAGACACAAGCAGUCUGUUUCUGCUGAGAUUCUUAGUCUCGACACCAACUGUGUUCUGUCCUGUAAAAGAAAUGUGAAGCACAAAGACGAUGAAAAAUCGAUUGUAUGUGUAUAUAAACUUCUAACAGUUCUACAGGCCGGACUUUGAGAAACAAAGUGGUAUCAAAGGAAAUCUUGUGUUUAAAAGCUUGUAAUGCAUUUGCUGAUUUGAUUUGACAGCUGUCAUGUGACCACAAUCCUCACUCAUCACCGAGAGCCGAUCACAGACGACAGAUACUCUACCACCACAGAUCUGUCAACCAAAAUGCAAUGUACAGUAGUUAUUUUUAGGAUUAUUAAUCCUGAAAAGUUUGUAAAUAUUCAAUAAAUUAAUUCAUGUGAA